AUGCCGAGGUCUCUCCCCGGCGAGAAGGACGUUUGUUCUAACGGCGAGGCUUGGCUUGCUUCGUGGCCGGAUUCUGAGGGGGAAGCGACUGUUGGGCCUGAGGCAGUGGAGGGAACUGCUGUUGAUACUGGUACUGAAAAACUUGAUGCAGCACUUGCUGCUGAUAGAGUUAAAACUGUUGAAACUUGGACAAUCCAUCUGAUGGAUGUCAAGAAUGCUUUUCUUCAUGGGGAGUUGAAAGAGACAGUCUAUAUGAAGCCCCCUCCGGGAUAUUGUACAGACCCACAACUUGUUUGUCAUUUGAAGAAGUCACUUUAUGGCCUGAAGCAAGCUCUUAGGGCCUGGUUUGAGAAGUUUAGAUCCGUCAUCACUGAUGCUGGCUUUACCCAGAGUCCUUUCGACUAUUCCUUAUUCAUCUUAAGGAGGAAGCAGGGAGUAAUGAUGUUACUCCUUUAUGUUGAUAUACUCAUUAUAGGGGAUGGUACAAAAGGAAUUUCUAGGCUACAACAGUUAUUCAGUGAGUCCUUUAAGAUGAAGGACGUGGGGCCUUUGACAUAUUUCUUAGGACUUGAAGUGAGUAGAAAUUCUCGAGGCUACUUUGUUAAUCAACAGAAGUAUGUGGCUGAUCUUGUUAAACUGACAAAUCUUGGUGAUUCUAAGAUUGUGGACACUCCACUAGAAUUGAACCUGAAACUCAGCAAAGAUGAUGGCUCUCCUCUUGAAGAUCCUACCGUUUAUCGUCAGCUAGUGGGCAGUUUAAUUUGUCUCACCAUAGCUUGGCCAGACAUAUCUUAUGUAGUUCAAAUAGUAAGCCAGUUUGUGUCUUCUCCAAGACAACCACAUUUAUCUACAGUUCAUUGGAUUAGAAGAUAUGUGCGAGGCACACUGUUAGAUUGGAUAUUCUUCUCCUCAUCAUCUCCUAUUCAUCUUAUAGCCUAUGGGGAUGCUGAUUGGGCUGGAUGCCCUAACACCCGACGGUCCACUACUGGCUGGUGUGUCUUCCUAGGCAACUCUCUUAUCUCAUGGAAGUGCAGGAAAUAA